GAGAGAGAAACAAACAUGGCUUCAGCUUCUUCUCCAAACCCCAUUCUGUCUCCUCCUUCUUCUUCUUCCCUCUCCUCUUCUUCUUCAAACAAAUCCUCUUCUCUCUCCUUCCUCAAUUCCUCUUCAUCAUCAUCCUUCUCCUCCAUUCCCUUCCCAAAACUCUCUCAUUCUCAUUCCAAUUCCAAUUCUCGAUUCCGAUCUCAAUCGCUGCUUGUUUCCAAUGUGUUGAAAACAGUUGAUUCGCCUAACAACUCGGUCUCCAAGGCCCGAGAUCUAGACCGACUCGCCUCCAGCUCCAAACCUACAAUCCUCGUCUCCGAGAAACUCGGAGAGGCCGGUCUCGAGCUCCUUCGAAGCUUCGGCAACGUUGAGUGUCUCUAUGAUCUCUCUCCCGAAGAUUUGUGCUCAAAGAUCUCGCAGUUCGAUGCGUUGAUCGUGAGGAGUGGGACGAAAGUGACGAGGCAGGUUUUUGAGGCUGCGAAUGGCCGAUUGAAGGUGGUGGGAAGGGCUGGUGUUGGGAUCGACAAUGUCGAUCUCCAGGCUGCUACUGAGCUUGGAUGCCUUGUUGUCAAUGCGCCGACUGCGAAUACUAUCGCUGCUGCUGAGCACGCCAUUGCUCUGCUUGCUUCCAUGGCUCGUAAUGUCGCUCAGGCUGAUGCGUCUAUGAAAUCUGGAAAAUGGCAACGCGGCAAAUAUGUUGGAGUCUCCCUUGUUGGGAAGACAUUAGCAGUUAUGGGAUUCGGAAAAGUUGGAUCUGAAGUUGCAAGACGUGCAAAAGGCCUUGGUAUGCAUGUAAUUUCGCAUGAUCCAUAUGCCCCAGCUGAUAGAGCCCGUGCCAUUGGUGUGGACUUGGUCUCUUUUGAUGAGGCCAUCACCACCGCGGAUUUCAUUUCACUUCAUAUGCCGCUCACUCCUACUACGUCGAAGGUAUUCAAUGAUGACUCUUUUGCAAAGAUGAAGAAAGGAGUCCGCAUUAUUAAUGUUGCCAGGGGUGGUGUUAUUGAUGAAGAUGCAUUAGUGAGGGCCCUUGAAACAGGAGUGGUUGCACAGACAGCACUCGAUGUGUUCACAAAGGAGCCCCCAGCCCCGGAUAGCAAAUUAUUGCAGCUUGAGAAUGUCACCCUUACACCUCAUCUUGGAGCUAGCACAAAAGAAGCACAGGAAGGUGUGGCUGUUGAAAUAGCUGAGGCUGUAGUUGGAGCAUUGAGAGGAGAACUAUCUGCAACUGCUGUGAAUGCUCCCAUGGUCCCUGCUGAGGUUCUUUCUGAGUUGGCUCCUUAUGUUCUGCUAGCAGAGAAGCUUGGUAGGCUUGCUGUACAGUUGGUGACUGGAGGGAAAGGAGUUAAAUCCGUGAAGGUGGUUUAUGGAUCAGCUCGAGAUCCUGAUGACUUGGACACCAGGCUUCUUCGUGCCAUGAUCACAAAAGGCAUCAUUGAGCCUAUAUCAAACUCGUUUAUCAACCUGGUGAAUGCAGAUUUCACUGCCAAGCAGAAAGGCCUCCGCAUUAGCGAGGAGCGAGUCCUUGUUGAUUCAGGCCCCGAGUACCCUAUUGACUCGAUCCAAGUCCAAAUAAGCGAUGUGGGUUCAAAAUUCGCAAGUGCUUUGUUGGAGAACGGAAAUAUUUGCAUUGAGGGGAGAGUGAAAUAUGGAAUACCUCAUCUGACUCGUGUGGGAUCCUUCAGUGUCGAUGUGAGCCUGGAAGGAAACCUCAUACUGUGUCGUCAGGUGGACCAACCUGGCAUGAUCGGACGAGUUGGAAACAUUCUUGGUGAACAUAAUUACAAUGUGAGCUUUAUGAGUGUAGGAAGGACUUCAAAGAGGACAAAGGCCAUCAUGGCAAUCGGUGUAGAUGAAGAGCCGGACAAGGAUACCCUCAAGAUAAUUGGGGAAGUGCCUGCAAUUGAAGAGUUUGUGUUCCUCAAACUAUAGAGAGCGUUGAUGAAGACUCUCUCGAGUUGGUGGGAAUGGUGGUGGAGAUAGUAGUUUUUAUGUACUCUUCAAAAAAGCCGAGCCAAGAAUAAAAUUGGCUGCCACGCAAAUAAGGUGGUCUGUUCUGCCUGCCCGUGGUUUGCUAGAAUCCGAGUUUUUAUCGUGUCAUUGUUGCUGCUGGUGGUUAAAAAAGUGGCCGUGCUAACAGUGUGUGUGGCUUGUAGAAUUUUUAGGUGUUUUUUAGGUGAGUUCAAUUAUUAGAUGAAUCACCAUCUUUUUGGAGUGGAAAAGAUGGUUUUUCAAGAUGUUAUGUUAAUGUUUUGAUUGAAGUGCUGAGAUGAAAUAUUAUUUUGGCGCAUGUUGUUCCGGUAACUAAUGAUGUUUCAGUUUAAUGUAAAAGCUUGUUUUUAAGCCAUAAGAGUUAUGCUGUAUGUAGAGUUUGAGAAGGAA